AUGUUUCAGUUUGGGUUCAACAUGUUUCAUGAAAUUACAAGACCAUUUAUGAUGACAUAUCGAUGUUACUCCGUUUCUAUGCUGCCUGGAAAUGAAAGACAAGACGUAGAAAGAGGAGGGAAAAUAAUCAUGCCCCCUUCCGCAUUAGAUCAACUCACUAGGCUGAAUAUUGAAUAUCCAAUGAUAUUUAAGUUGACCAAUAAAAAAACUAAAAGAAUUACACAUUGUGGAGUACUUGAGUUUGUUGCAGAUGAAGGAAAAGUAUAUUUACCUCAUUGGAUGAUGGCAAAUCUUGUAUUGGAAGAAGGAGCUCUAAUCCAGAUAGAAAGUGUAUCACUGCCAGUAGCCACUUUCUCCAAGUUUCAACCACUGUCAGAAGAUUUUCUUGAUAUUACUAAUCCAAAAGCAGUUCUUGAAAACUGCCUCAGAAAUUUUUCAUGUCUAACAACUGGAGAUGUUAUAGCUAUCAAGUAUAAUUCCAAAGUAUAUGAAUUAUGUGUACUAGAAACCAAACCUGGUAAUGCAGUUAUAAUUAUUGAAUGUGAUAUGAAUGUGGAAUUUGCUCCACCAGUUGGAUAUAAAGAGGAGGACCAUAUUAGCAGAGGGGAAGGAAGUUCAGAAAUGGGAGGUGUGGAUGAAAACCCAGAAGCUAUGAUGCCAGAACCUAGUGGUUUUAUAGCAUUUAGUGGAGAGGGAAACAGGCUUGAUGGAAAGAAGAAGAAAUUGACCAGUGAAAGUGAAUCAGAGCCUCAAGCUUCAAACUCCAGACAGCCUUAUGUCCGUGGCAUACCUGACUAUGAUUAUGUAAUCGGUACACUCAGAUUUAUCAGAAAUUCAAGACCCACUAGUGCAAAGGAGGAGAUACCGUCUGAGCCAUUUGAAGCUUUUAAAGGAGAGGGAUUUACUUUACGUACUGCUAAGUCCAAGAAC